AUGCUCGCUCAUAGCAGUGAUAUCGACAGCUAUUUCACGUUGCCAACAGGGGCAGGGGAAUGCAGCGGCGCCAAUACCUUGAACUUCCUAAAUGAGAUGCUAGAUGAUGCCACUACGCUCAUCCAGGGUAUGGUAGACGCAAUGGAUGCCGCUACAGCAUCUGCUACAACUGAACAAGCGGCAAAAGAUAAGAUAGUGGCACAAAAGCUCUUCACUUCUUUCUUCGGAAUCGCGUUCGAUGGCAAUGAUGUUUUGGCUGAAGAUGAGGAUGCAUGGGCUAUUGUUCAAUCUGCAAUCAAUAAUGUCAACGAGUUCCUUGAGACUGAGGCUUAUACAUGCGCUAAACUCCCUCCGGUCUUAUUUUGCGACAAUUUCGGAAACGAGUACGAAUGGAAUGCUCAAGCGAAGAACGCAGAAGGAAACCCAAUUGAGAUGAGUGAUGGCUACCAGCCAUCAAUUCAAGAUCUAUACUCUACAGCAUACAUGAAGUCACAAUCAACCGUGCCGUACUGGAUCCCAGGCCUCGACCGUUAUAUAUUCACUGAACCGGGCACCGAUGGCGUGAGCUUCUGUGGGGGUGACACAAGUUACAUUGGAUGGACCGUUUACGGCUACCAGGGUGAGACAAUUCCCUAUACGCUGGCCGAUGGCAGCGAAGAAUACGAGGCAUAUGAAGCUUCAUCGGAGAUUGUGGUCAUCUGCCCCACUGUCUUAAUGGGCGAAGCUGAAGAUGUGGAGCUGCUGGCAAAUGUCCCAUAUACGGCGCCGUUCACGGACACAGAGCUAAGCAGUAUUCUGCCCUUAUCAUCUACCUUUUUCCAUGAACUGUUUCAUAUGACAACAUAUUGGCAGGGUGAUGAUGUAGGGCCAGAUGCAGAGGAAAACUCCGAUUAUGUUAAGGAUUUUACAUACGACCUGUUCAAAGCCCUCGACCUUGCAAUGGGUGUACUCGUGGUGCCUCCCGACGAAAGUUCUUCGGACGCAGGAAGCGAUGCAGACUCAGGAAGCGACUCGGGGUCCACUGACGUUGAAUACUACUCAUUUGAAGCAGCUGCGCAGAAUGCGGAGUCCUAUGUUUUCUUCGCUGUAUCCUGGUGGAAUUACGCAAAGACGUGGAGUGAAGGGGACUCGGCGGUGUUCUAUACUGGAUGUGCUGAGUCCUGGGAUUGGCUGGGUCCUGUAACUUCAUGCUCCAGCUCUGACUCUGACGAUGAAUCCUGA